GUGUGUCCUCAGCACACCAUGGCAAUUUUCAAUAAUACCACAUCCUCCUCCUCCUCAUUCCUCCUCACUGCAUUCCCUGGGAUGGAACUUGCUCACGUCUGGAUCUCCAUCCCUGUCUGCUGUCUCUACAUCAUUGCUCUUUUGGGAAAUAGCUCGAUCCUGUUAGUCAUCGCUGUUGAGCGGCGUCUCCACAAACCCAUGUACUACUUCCUCUCCAUGCUGUCAGCCGCUGAUCUGUGUCUGGCCAUCUCAACCCUCCCCACUGUGCUUGGAGUUCUCUGGUUUCAUGCCCGGGAGAUCAGUUUUAAAGCCUGCCUCACUCAAAUGUUCUUUGUACAUGCCUUCUCCUUCCUGGAGUCCUCAGUGCUUGCAGUCAUGGCCUUUGACCGGUUCAUGGCUAUCUGUAACCCUCUGAAAUAUACCACUGUCCUCAAAGACAGGAUAAUCAUGGUGAUUGGACUGGUCAUCUGCCUGCGGCAAGUAAUUUACAUCUUUCCUGUGGUUCUAGCCUUGAAGGGUGUAGCUUUCCAUGGAGGCCAAGAACUUGCCCAUCCUUUUUGUUACCACCCAGAUAUAAUCAGAUACACAUAUUCCAACUCCUGGCUCAGCAGCUUUUUGGGCAUGUUUCUCCAGCUCUACCUGACUGGUACUGACUUACUGUUCAUCCUCUUCUCCUAUGUCCUGAUUAUCCGCACUAUCCUGAGCAUCGUGGCCCCUAAGAAGCAACAAAAAGCUCUCAACACUUGUGUCUGUCACAUCUGUGCUGUCACUGUUUUCUAUGUGCCAAUGAUCAGCCUGUCCUUUACACACCGCCUCCUUAACUCCACUCCAAGGGUGAUCUGUAGCAUUUUGGCCAAUAUUUACUUGCUCUUACCACCUGUACUGAACCCUAUCAUUUACAGCUUGAAGACCAAGACCAUUCGCCAGGCCAUGCUCCAGCUGCUUCACUCUAAAGGUUCACGGGGCCGCCAGUUGAGGCAUCUUAGAGGACCGUGGGAUUGA